UGGCUUGGGUGUCACAGUCCAUCACAGGGUGAGAUAACUUCUGGUGGGACGCACAAGUAGGUGGGAUUCCAGCUAAACGGAGUCAUCCCGCUGCCGGAAGUAGGUGGGAGCUUAUUUAAGAAAACUUUGGAGAGCAGAAACGGAUCGUCGGCGAGCCGUCAGAAACAAGCCGAGGCUGCAAACUCAGGCAGCGACCGUGUCACCCGCAACAUGCUCCUCUCUCUACUGAGCGCCGUCUUCCUCCUGCUCAUCGCGGACAGCGGCACAACAGCAGAAGACAUGCUUCCUGAUCUGCCAUACGGCAAUGAAAUAUGUGUAUUCCGUGCGGACCCUGGACGCUGUAAUGGUUUGUUCAAAAAAUAUUUCUACAACAUCUCAACCCUGAAAUGUGAAGAGUUUAUCUACGGUGGAUGUGGUGGAAAUGAAAACAACUUUGAAACCAAGAAACAAUGUCUGGCCAAAUGCAAAGCGAAAGAUCAGCGAAACCCCUGUGAUUUGGAAUCUAUUAGUGGCCCAUGUCGAGCGUAUUUUCGUCGGUACUUCUAUAAUAAAUCUACUAAGAAGUGUGAGCUGUUUAUAUAUGGAGGUUGCUUGGGAAACAGGAAUAACUUCAGAACUGAGAAACAUUGUCUGAAAAUAUGCCAAAAGAAAGAUUACCAGAAUAUCUGCAUGGCCCCGGCAGAUAAAGGCAACUGCUACAAACGCAUAACUAGACACUUCUACAACAAUUCCAGUCUCGUCUGUGAGACCUUUACCUACAGUGGGUGUGGUGGAAAUCAGAACAAUUUUAGAAACAAAAAGCAGUGCAAACGGACGUGCAGGAAAGGAACUAGAUAUCACAAUCCUUAAAGUUGGCUGAAAAUAUGAACAACUUUCAAACAAACUUCGAUGAGAAUCAGAUUGUCACAGGAAGUCUUGCAAUCGUUUGGAAUUAGAGAUGCAAUAGUUUGCACUUUUAAUAUUUUUGUUUUAAUAUUUCUGCUCAAUCUGUUUAACCAGUGUAAUUUAACCCAAUGCCACAACCUUGAAACUAGUUAACAAUAUUUGUAAGCUUAAAUCAAUCAAAAAGGACAUGUUCCCAAACCAUGCAGGCAGUGAAAAAAAGAUGCAACUACUAUUGGGUUUGGGACAUUCCUCAAAAGUGCUGCAAAUACUUUUAGGGAAUUAGACAUGACACAUUUUUGGGCAACUGGCAUCAGAUAUCAGGUGGCUCAGUGGUACAGUUGCUGUCUUACAGCGCCAGAGACCCGGGUUCGAUCAUGACUAUAGGUGCUUUUCUGUACAAGUCUGUAUGUUCUCCCUGUGACCACGUGGGUUUUUUCCGGGUGCUCCGGUUUCCUCCCAUGCUCCAAGGACGUACAGGUUUGUAGGUUAAUUGGCUUUGGUAAAGAUUGUAAAUUGUCCCUAGUGUGUAGGAUAGUGCUAGUGUAUAGGGAUCGCUGGUCGGCGCAGACUCGGUGUAUUUCCUCGCUGUAUUUCUAAACUAAACUAAACUAAAUCAUGCAAAGCCAUGUGUGGCAUAUCUGGACAAAAACAUUGACAAAUGGCCAUCGGAUACCUCAUUCACUUGAAAUUAUCCUUUUGUGUUCCACAAAAUCAGCAUUUUUUUUGUCAGUAAUAAAGUGGCACAAUAAUGUUUAUGUGUCUGAAUUAUAUAUUUCCAUGUAAAAUCCAAAUUGCAUUCAUCAUCCAAUGAACAAACAAAAAUAAUUGUCUAAUUACUGCUUGUAAAUGCUGUGACCUUAUAAUUGUGAAGGCUGUGAUUAAAUAAUUUGGCUACACAGUGAUCUCUGUUGUAACCUACAGUAUUAGACUUCAUGUUUUUCCUCUGUACUCAUCCUCUUGUUUCAACACAAAGAUCCUUCAUCUUUUUAAACAAUGUGAUAAAAUAAUUGAGACCUGUUUGUUGCUGGUAUUGCCAUGUGGUAGCAUUAUUUCAAUGUAACAAGCAUUGGAAUAAAUAAGCAUGAUCACACAAAUACAAGCUGCUGUUACAUCAUGAGCUUAAGGUUGUUGGCCCUUCCAACUCAUUAAUGUUUUACUUUUAUAAGAUUGUAAUUCUUGAAAAAUAAAAGUCAUCAUAUUAUCAAUGACAAUGCAGUUUAAGGAUGUGGAGCCUGAUAACUACAGACUUGCAUUUUGAAAUGAACUGACUUUCUUUUAAUAUAUGUGCAUAUCAGGACAGUCGUUGCCAUAUUGAUUGAAGAUCAAAAGCAUUCUAUCAUGCAUUAAUAACACACUUAAUAUGUGCAAUGAUCCCAUAGUUUACAUGAAAUAAAGUAUUUUAAAACCAA